GUCUUCGCGGCUGGACAGUUUGCAGUGAAACUCACCAUGAUUCAACUAUCAUGUGGUAGAUGAAACCUCACCGGGAGUGAAGAGAAUUGGGGCGAGGUGUUUAGCCACAUUCUUAGACGAGGUAGGAAUGUCAACCUGUUCGAUUUUUUAUACUUUUGACCUUCUAAAAUAGUUGUUAUUCUUAGCUUUUGAUUAUCAGAUUCAUAAUAUCACAAGUGAAGCACUAUAAUUCAAUCCUGAAUGAAACUUGUAUAUGAAGAUUGCCAUUGAGUUUCCGUAUUUGGCUCUCUGGGAACGCAUCCUAGAUUAUCAUCAAGGGUGGUCGAUAUUUUGAUAUGGAAAUAAUUGAGGCCAGAUCUACAUGAUACUCCCUUCAUGAUAAAUCCUGUGGAAUAUUCCAACGAAUAUUAAUUUGCUGAAUGAAGUCAAUGGGUUGCGAAACGUUCUCAGCUGGUCACAGCUUACAUAAGCAAAACGUGGGGUAAACAAAUCGCUUCCUUGAUGACUUUGGAUCACCAUUCUUGACCACAAGCGCAACUGAAAUAUCUUUAUAAAGUCUCAUACUUACCCGUCAUUAAGUAUGGAGUCAAAUACUAUAGUCCCAACCAAGAGCAAACGUCCUCCAAAACCCAAACCCCAAAACCCUAUCGAAACCACCAUCCAAUCAUUUUUUCAAACACUCCCCUCCACAUUAUUUUUGGAAAUCUCGGCUUCUAUCGACUCUCUCAUCACCACUUCUCCAAAACGCUGGGUUAUAUAUUCACCCAUGUUACUUCUCCCCUCUGGAUCUUUUUCCUCGCCACACUGGACUUCUCUCCUUUCUUUUGUUUCCCCUUCUCAGAAAGAAACACUCUUUACUCAAAUUCUUCAGGGUGUAUCAAAGAAAGAAGGCAAGAAACUCACGCAUCUCGCUAUUAAUGCUGGGAUACCUCUUCACGAGAAAGAAAAGGAGGGACAGAACCAGAGAGAGAAAGGAGAAGAGAAUAUAUUAAGAAGUCCCAGUGGAUUACUUAUGCUACAUGGAGAUUUCGGACCUGAUUUCACAGGUGAUGAACCGACGGAAAAAGAUUUCAAAGAUGCGUUCUGGGUGGGUACGAAACAGAAUAGGAUUGAACAGGUUUGGGCACCGAGAUGGACGAUGUUUAGUAGAGGGAAUGUGAAGGAAAAGGCGAGGUUGUUGGGGUUUCAUGAUGCCGUUGCCACGGCGAGUGAUGGUGCAAUGAAGGAGAUAGCGAAGGAGGAGAGGAGGAAUUGGACCGCGGUGGAUUUGUAUGCAGGUAUUGGAUAUUUUGUUUUUAGUUAUGUUGGGAUGGGAGUGCGAAGAGUGGUGGGGUGGGAGUUGAAUGGAUGGAGUGUUGAGGGGCUCAGGAGGGGAGCGGUAGCUAAUGGGUGGGGAAUCAGGGUUGUGGGGAGGGAGAGGUAAUGAAGAGGUUGGAGAUGAGGAUUAUUGUAUUCUUGGAGUAAUGUCGAGGCCGAGCGGAGGAUGGAAAUCAUCAAGGGCCUUGGCGUGGUGAAACAUGUCAAUUGUGGUUUCUUACCCACGAGUGAACCUACGUGGAAAGCGGCUAUGAAUAUUUUGAGUGAGGAUGGAUGGUUACAUCUACAUGAAAACGUUGGCAUUGCAGAUGUAGAAAGAAGGAAGAACGAAAUCGAGGAGAUGUUCCGAACCUGGCUCAAGGAACGUGCCGAUGAAAGAAAAGUGACGGUUGGGCAUGUCGAGUUUGUGAAGACUUUUGCUCCCGAUGUUUGGCAUUGCGUUUUUGACGUUUAUAUCAGUAGAUAAGUUACAUAAACUAUGAUGUAUAACAAUUAUAGCUUUUCUGGCCCGGCCGGUGGCGUGACUGUUUCCUUAUUAAUAACAUGGAUAGUAAACUUUCAAACUUGGGAGCAUCUUGUCCUGUAUUUCAGACUACACAGAUACAUAUCAGUGACC